AGACCUUUCGUUUUUUCGUCAUGUUGUGCUGAGCGAAAGUUUCUGUGCAGUGAAACGUUUAGGAAAACUAUUUGUGAAUGUUAGAAUAAGCAUCGUAUCGUGUUAAAAUAUGUCACAAAUCAUGGAUUAAAGUGUGGAGUUUGAGACUUGCAUGUUAAAAAAUUGAAGAAGAAAUGAUCGUCUAUUAGUUCUGAGCAGCAGCCGAUAACAUCAAGUGAGGUAGAUUCGGUUGCAGUUUUGUUGUUGGACAAGCACGUCGGAUGUAGCAGUUGAAUAUAGGGGAAAGAAAAUAGUCGCAGAGUGGUCCGAUUAGCGCAGUGAAUAGUGAAUCAAGAACGUACAUAAAAUAAUUGAUAAUUGUGAAAGUUUAACGAUAGUGUAUCAAAAUGGGUGAAGUGAAAAUUCAAGUGUUCCGGCCAACUUGGGAAGAGUUUAAGGAUUUCCCGAAGUACAUCGAGUACAUAGAGUCGCAGGGUGCACACAAGGCUGGAUUGGCGAAGAUUAUUCCCCCACCAGAAUGGAAACCUCGGAAGAAGGGUUACGAUCUCGAUGGGCUCAAUUUGACAAUCCCGGCGCCCAUUUGCCAGGUCGUUGCCGGAAAGCAAGGCUUGUAUCAACAAAUCAACAUUCAGAAAGGUUCACUAACAGUGAAACAGUUCUCUGAACUGGCGAAUACGGAAAGGUAUGCCACGCCAAAGCAUUUCGACUUCGAAGACUUAGAACGGAAGUACUGGAAAAAUAUUACUUACGUUGCACCGAUCUACGGCGCUGAUGUCUGCGGAAGUGUCACAGAUGAUGAUUGUAAUAUCUGGAACAUCAAUCGCCUUGGGACGAUUCUGGACUUUGUCAACCAGGAUUAUGGCAUCUCGAUCGAUGGAGUGAACACCGCUUAUCUUUAUUUCGGCAUGUGGAAAACUACAUUUGCAUGGCACACGGAAGAUAUGGAUUUGUACUCGAUCAACUAUCUACACUUCGGUGCCCCAAAAACGUGGUACGCAGUCCCCCCUGAGCACGGCCGAAAGCUAGAGAAAUUAGCCAACAGUUGUUUCCCGGCGAGUUUCCAAACGUGUGCGGCGUUCCUGCGUCACAAAAUGACCCUCAUCAGUCCGCAGAUUUUAAAGCAACAUAACAUCCCAUACGAUAAAAUAACCCAAGAGGAAAAUGAAAUUAUGAUAACCUUUCCCUUCGGAUAUCAUGCAGGGUUCAAUCAUGGGUUUAACUGCGCGGAAUCGACCAACUUCGCGUUGCCUCGCUGGAUCGAGUACGGAAAGCGAGCAACUCAAUGCUACUGCAGUUCAGAUAUGGUUAAGAUCUCAAUGGAUACGUUCGUGAAGCGCUUUCAGCCGGAUAAGUACGAAGCCUGGAUGGAUGGGACGGACUUUGGUCCGCAUCCUGAGGAUCCGUCACACAUUGUGGGGCCACCGCCGCGAGUUAUCGAUUGUGAUAAAGAUGAGGGCAUUGAAUCGUUCACGGAGGAAGGGGAGCAUACUCCGAUGAAGAAAGCAUGUAACAUUGCAACCACAAAUAUCCGCAAAAUGUCAUUCAAGGAAAAGAAUCCAGACUUGGAUUUAAACGAUAUUCAAAAUAAUCCUCACAUUCCUGACGACGUGAAGAUGGUCCUGAGUGGUGCGCUAGUGGCAGAUGACAUUGAUGACGAAGUCGAAGAGGUGCAACCAAGCAAAUCCGAUGCUGGCUCAGACAGCUUCAAAUCUUCGUCCUACGAUCCGUUCGGUUCUGAGGAUGAUGAAGAUGAAGAAUUCAGCACCAAAAGCAAGAAACGCAAGAAGAAGAAGGCUGGCAGUGACUAUGAUGACGAUUGGUAUUCGUCACAGAGUAGAUCUAGGCGAACAUCAUCGCCCAGGAAACGACUGUCCAGAGAGCAACAGGCUACCAAGGCUGAGCGAGAAAAGCAACGUUUAGAUCGCCGGGCCACGCUGGAGGACAAACGCAAACGCAGAGAAGAGGAGAAGAAAGUUCGAGAUGAGGAACGUGAACGGGAACGCAAUGAACGACUGGAAAAGAGGGAACGCGAACGCCAGGAGAAGAAAGAACAGCGUGAAAGAAACUUAACCGAUUCGAAAAAGAAAGCAAUGAACAGGAUAAAAGAUCGCAUGAGCAAUGGAAGCAAAUCGCCCAAAAAGCCAGCCAACGGAACAUCGCCGGCGAUGAAAAAGAUCAAGAAUCAACUGAUGAAAGAGCUCCCGCCGCAGUUGAAAAUGUUGGAGCCCCACAAAAAGUUCGAAGAAUCGGAUGGCAUUAAACAGGAAGUCGUAUCAGGCGACGAGAAUCAACCCAUCAAACAGGAAAUCAAAACAGAACCUGUGGAUCCAGAACCUGUGAAUUCAGAACCUGUAAACUCCGAAUCUGUAAAUUCAGAACCUGUGAAUCCAGAUCCUGUGAAUUCGGAACCUGUGGAGAAUGGUGUGGCAAUCAAGCCCGAGCCAAUGGAUACCAACGAGGAAAUUAAAACGGAAGAAAAUGUGCAAUUGCCAACAGAGAUCAAGGCAGAACAAAAAGACGUUAAACCGGUGUUAACUAUGGAGCAACUAAUGGCACAGCGUGCUCGGUUCCGCAGAAAGCGAACUCCUUACAAUCGCCAUCAGUUAGUGGAGCUGGAAAAGGAGUUCGCAAUGCGUCAGUUCGUCAACUUCAAAGAACGGGCUAAAAUAGCAGAAGGCCUCCAACUGACUGAAAGACAGGUUAAAGUAUGGUUCCAAAACAGAAGAGCAAAGGGAAAAAGGAUAGAUGCUGGGCUAACCUCACCAUGGACUCAAACGCGAUGGAGCACUGGUAGUGAUGUGCCCGUUGGCGCUUUACCCCGUAAGCCACCGAAGAAACAGUUAAAUACAAAUACGCCAGUUGCUCCGAUUGGAGGACCCGAAAUAAAAAAAGAAGAAGGAGAUGGAGAUGUAACCAUCGUUGGUGUUAUCCACGUCAAAGGGGAAAGCGCCAAAUACCGCCAAAAACGUACCAACUUUUCAGUGGAGCAACUGGAGGUAUUAGAAAAGGAAUUCACUGAAAAAAAGUACCUCAACUUCAUCGAAAGAUGUCACUUGGCGACAGAGCUGAAGCUUACUGAACAACAGGUCCAAGUAUGGUUCCAAAAUCGUCGUUCCAGAUGGAAGAAGCUCAUGCCUGACCCUGAAAACCCUGAUAGUAAUAAGUACGUCAGUCUGCGUGGAUCAUACGUCGAUUUGCCCUUGAAAAUCAAGAGUGAACCCGACUGGAAUGAAGACGAACCGUUGGAUUUCUCUGGUUUACAACCGAUUGGAAACAACUCGCCGACACAUCAUCAAAUAACUGGGCCGGACCACGUCAUACAUCAGGCGAUGAUGCAGAGAUCAGAUCUCGAAAUGAUAAGCGAUGCUUUCCGGGUAUUGUCCGGAACAGACGAAGAUAUGCAUCGAGGUGGUAAUGUGUACAAUAAUGCCGUUCCAUGCUAGGAGCUGUAAAGCAAG